GAGCGCGGAGCGGUAGCGGGUCCAGCGGUGAGAAGAGAUUUCACACACUUGAAAGAAGAGAAUGUCAAGACGCAGUAGCCGUUUACAAGCUAAGCAACAGCCCCAGCCCAGCCAGACGGACUCCCCCCAGGAAGCCCAGAUAGUCCAGGCCAAGAGGAGAAAAACAGCUCAGGAUGUCAAAAAAAGAAAAGAGGAGGUCACCAAGAAACACCAGUAUGAGAUUAGGAACUGUUGGCCACCUGUAUUAUCUGGGGGGAUCAGUCCUUGUAUUAUCAUUGAAACACCCCACAAAGAAAUAGGAACAAGUGACUUCUCCCGAUUUACAAAUUACAGAUUUAAAAAUCUUUUUAUUAAUCCUUCACCUUUGCCUGAUUUAAGUUGGGGAUGUUCAAAGGAUGUUUGGCUAAACAUGCUAAAAAAGGAGACCAGGUAUGUUCAUGACAAACAUUUUGAAGUUCUGCAUUCUGACUUGGAACCACAGAUGAGGUCAAUACUUCUAGACUGGCUUUUAGAGGUAUGUGAAGUAUACACACUUCAUAGAGAAACAUUUUACCUUGCGCAAGACUUUUUUGAUAGAUUUAUGUUGACACAAAAGGAUAUAAAUAAAAAUAUGCUUCAACUCAUUGGAAUUACCUCAUUAUUCAUUGCUUCCAAACUUGAGGAAAUAUAUGCUCCUAAACUACAAGAGUUUGCUUAUGUUACUGAUGGUGCCUGCAGUGAAGAGGAUAUCUUAAGAAUGGAACUUAUUAUAUUAAAGGCUUUAAAAUGGGAACUCUGUCCUGUAACAGUCAUCUCCUGGCUAAAUCUCUUCCUCCAAGUUGAUGCUCUUAAGGAUGCUCCUAAAGUUCUUCUACCUCAGUAUUCUCAGGAAAAGUUCAUUCAAAUAGCUCAGCUUUUAGAUCUGUGUAUUCUUACCAUCGAUUCAUUAGAGUUCCAGUACAGAAUAUUGGCUGCCGCUGCCUUAUGCCACUUUACCUCUAUUGAAGUGGUGAAGAAAGCCUCAGGUUUGGAAUGGGACAACAUAUCUGAAUGUGUAGACUGGAUGGUGCCUUUUGUCAGUGUAGUAAAAAGUACUAGUCCCGUGAAGCUGAAGAUUUUCAAGAAGAUUUCUAUGGAAGAUAGACACAAUAUCCAGACACAUACAAAUUAUCUGGCUAUGCUGGAUGAAGUAAAUUACGUAAACACCUUCAGAAAGGGUGGACAGUUGUCACCAGUGUGCAGUGGAGGCAUUAUGACACCACCGAAGAGCACUGAAAAACCACCAGGAAAACACUAAAGAAGUGAACUG